ACAUAUCGCGACACGCCCUUGAGUCGGAUCCGCCAAGAUGUCCCGUCAUCACCCCGAUCUGGUGAUGUGCCGCAAGCAGUCCGGCAUCGCCAUUGGCCGCCUCUGCGACAAGUGCGACGGCAAAUGCCCCGUGUGCGACUCGUACGUGCGCCCCACGACCCUCGUCCGCAUCUGUGACGAGUGCAGUUUCGGCAACUACCAGAACAAGUGUGUUGUGUGCGGCGGCGAGGGCAUCUCGGACGCCUUCUACUGUUUUGAGUGCACGCGCCUCGAGAAGGACAGGGACGGGUGCCCCAAAAUUAUCAACUUGGGCAGCUCGCGGACAGACUUGUUCUACCAAAAGAAAACGAAUCGGACGUAUUAGCCCUUGUGAUGCCCGGGUCUGGGCACUUCGCCUUAUCUUUGCAUAUCCGGUACUGGCGUUUUGGGUUCAUCGGGUUAUACGCAAGAGCUGGUUCUGGCUCUUGUGUUCUGGGUCUUUGUGGUCAACAUGUUCGACAUUUGAAGGUGUAACAUGGUAUGAGAAAUGACGAGCGUUGGAGGAAGCUUGUCUGGAGCAAGGAAAAUCAAGAUGGUUUGAGAAGAUUAGAUCUGCAUGUGCAGUAGCUCAGGCAAAUAAAUCACUUGCGUG